UGCUAUUGCUGGAUUUCCAGGAUGUGCAAUAACAUUUGCUCUCAUGAGAUAUUUACAGUGCCAGAAUAUUGUUAUCCCUGGAGUUCUUUUACAGUUAAUCGCAAACAUCUUCAAUGUUGUGUAUCACCUGAUUUUGGUAACUGGAUUAGAUCUAGGUGUCAGAGGUGCUGCAAUAGCUGUUGUAUGUACAUUCUGGACACAAAUUUUCUUAUACAUAAUGUUUAUACGAUGUAGUAAAAUUUAUAAAGAAGAAUGGACAGGUUUUAGCACAGAAGCAUUCCUUGAAUGGAACACAUUUCUAAAUCUUGCAAUCCCUGGAAUAUUUAUGAUAUCAGUAGAUUGGUGGAGUUUUGAAAUAUCAAUUAUAGUAGUAGGUUUCCUCGGAAAAGUUCAACUGGCAGCACAUACCAUUGUGUACCAGAUACAUAGUUUACUAUAUAUGAUUCCCUUAGGCUUAUCUUCAGCAGUAUGUAUAAAAGUUGGACAACAUGUUGGAGCUGGGGAUCCAAUUAAAGCUCAGACGACAUCUAGAGUUGGAAUCUUGGUAGGAUGCGUAACUGCUCUGUUCACUAGUACAUUUUACAUUUCGAUGAAAGACGUUGCACCAAAAGCAUAUACAAGCGACAGCGAAAUAUUACACUGGACUUCAAAAGUGAUGCCGCUGAUAGCUACAUUUAACUUCUUCGAUAAUACAAUGCUUGUAUUCAAUGGCAUCUUACGCGGAACAGGACAUCAGAUAUAUGGAGGCAUUGUCACGGUUAUAGCACAUUAUAUCAUAGGAAUGCCGCUACUGGUAGUGUUCGUACUGUAUACCACUUUACAGAUAACAGGUACAAAUAUUAUUUACUACCACAAACAACUCUAA